GAAUCACAGACUACAAUUUAUGGAUCUAAAGCAGAGACGGAGAAGGCAUAACCAGCAGUGGAGUAGUAGCAGUUACAAAAAUUUGCGUCUAUUUCUUAAAAAAAAUCUACAAAGGGCUCCUUAAAUGACUCCCCCUAUUAAAUGCACGGUUAUAGGAAGUAGUCAAAGUGGUAAAACGACUCUCAUACGAACAUUCAUUUCCAAGAAAUUCUUUCCAUGUGCAACGCCCACCUCAUAUCGUGAAUAUAAGGCAAAGGCCACCGCCACCAAUGGUUCAAGGAAGAAAUUGAUCAUCAGCGAUACCUCCGGCUUGGAGACUUUCGAUACCGAAAGUCGUAGCUAUUAUGCCAAUAGCGAUGUUUUCAUCAUUUGCUUUUCCCUCACCGAUCCUGAUUACUUUGGUUAUAUACGUCGUCGAUUUCUACCUCAUCUCAGAGAAUAUUAUGCAGAAGUUCCCAUCAUUUUGGUGGGUACAAAAAUGGAUCUACGUGACGAUGAAGAAUAUCGUGAUCUUUGGUCAUUUGCUCCUAUUACCAAAGAACAAGGAUUGCGUUUCGCUUUGGAAAUUGGUGCUGUAGAAUAUUUAGAGUGUUCAGCUGUCACAAAGCAGGGAAUUUCAGUGGUAUUCGAUACAGCAACAACAUGUGCUCUAUGUUAUCGCUCGAUACCAAGAAAAAAUUGCAUUCGUAUUUAAUGCAUUGCAAAUUUUAAAAAAUAUAAAUGAUAAAGCCAUUGUAUUAAAACAGAGACUGUGAUAAGAAUGAAUUACAAUUGCUACAAUGAACGAAAUUUAUUGGUUAAACAAAUUCUCGUUGUUGAUUUAGUUAUCUAAUA